AUGUCCGACCUAGCACGGCUCUUCCGUACAACCAGGAUCGCACAGCUGCCCAGACAGCUUGGCGAGCUGGGUGCCGACAGAUCGGCCACGUUUCCGACGCACCAGGUGAUUGAAUCUCCGCCAUCGUCGUUCGCCAGAAGAGAUUUUGGUCUCAAGAUGAGAAUCCCAACGAAAAUUAAGUCCAAGUAUAUUGUCGUCAACAAUCUCGACAACAAGUACGGCUUGCCGGACUUUGAACCGCUUGGGGGCUUUGCAUUUAAGAAGAAGAAAUUUCAAGAGUUCGGGAUCCCUAUUUCUGUGAGAAACCCUACGAUGACCACCAAAUCCAGCUCCAAUCCGCUCUUUCCUGGCCACGAUCCGUGGGAAGGCCACAGCUCAGUCUCUGUGGCCCUGGGAAUGAAGGUCCAACGUCCAUCUUCGCUAGAAUUUGCAACCAACAAAAAGUAUCUUAGAACGUUGAGAAAACCGUUCAUGGAGUGGCUGGCCCUCAAGUAUCCAGAGAAAAUCGCCCAGGCCGAUCUUUCAAACGAGAUUGUGGAGUUUUUGGAGACCAGAAAAGUCGACGAGGCCAAACUGAACAGGAAAAAAUACCAAUUUCCGACCCUCUACCGCGAACAGCUCUCGGGAACUGCUGGACUCUCGUACAACUUGAAGGGCAGACUUUUCCAGACACCAAACGGUCCGCAGUCUGCAAGGGUUCUUCCUGGAAGAUACAUCAGCGCGCGGUCUACCGGCAGUCGGUUUGCAUUAGGAGGAUUCAUUGGAAAUUCCGUCACCUCUGGUCUCCAUGUGAAAUAUCUUAACAAGCUUGCCGAUGUUCGCAGGCCGUUGGACGCAGAGGGCAGAUACGCAAGAGAGUUCACUAUUCCAUUAAUUCCAAAGGCUGCACACUUGAAUUUGGUGAAGAAAAGAUUCGAUUUCGAGGUCGAGCCGGUCAAGGACCAGGACACAUCUAAAAAGGGCGGGUUCAGCACCGUCAAACGCUUCUCUCCAAGGUCCCCGAUCGGAGGACCCGACAAGAGUCAGCUGGUGCUGUCGUCGCUGCUGGGUCUUCUUGAGACCGUUGGGAAGAAGUAACUGUAUAUAAUGCAAUACUAAGACUAUUUACAUGAUUAAAAUUUUGAGAGCAAUAGUGCCGUGGCGACGCUGGCAUUCAACGAAUCCACAGAUUCAUCCAAAUCUGCUCUGCCACUAUUCAGCGACACCAGAAAAUCGCUGCGUUGCAACAACGAUGUUCUGAUGCCCUGACCUUCAGACCCGACAACCAGCAUGCAGGGCCCUUUCUGUAGCUGUCCUUUCAAAGUGUCGGCGUCAAUCUGUUUGCUGCUCGUCCCACCAGAUUCGCUUGGCGCCACAGAUGAGAUGAUAGUCCACCCGUUGGCGCGCGACUCCUCGAAAAAUCGGAGUGGUUUUUGGGACGAGUAGAUCGGCAGGAAUUCGAGAGCUCCAGACGAGGUUUUCGACACCACAGGCGACAGCGGAGCACAGUUGCGCUCCGAGACAACAACGCAAUCCACCCCCAGAAAAUAGGCGGAUCUGAGAAUCGCGCCCAUGUUGUGCGGGUCGGAUAUUUCGUCAAUGUAAAGUGCCAACGGGUAUCGUUCGGCAGUAGUGGACAAAACGCUGCUCUCGGUCGCUCCCACGUGUUCUUUGGUAACUGUGAAUUUUCCAAGUCCGCAGGCCUCCAAGCAACGUAGCUGCUCCACUUCGAUUGGUUUGGUUUCAACAACUAUCCCGUUGUGGACGCCGUUAUUCGUCAUGAGGUUUAAAUCAUGCUUCCCAUACUCGCUUUUCACCGGAAGCUCCAUUUCACGGGCCAGUGCCAAAAUCUCCGCCAGCUUAGGAGUGGACUUGGGGUUGUGGAGAUACAAAGUACCAAAACUCUCACGCUGUUGCGCUUUAAGGGCGGCGAGAACAGGAUUAGUGCCGUACAGAUACUCCACCAGUGGGUUCAGCUUCAGUUGCGAGAUCGUUUUUCUGAGGGUCUGCGAACGUGUGAAGUCAGGUUUUUCAUCGCUUUGGUGCUCGCGCUUUUUCUGCUUCGCAUGGUGAUGGGCGUGCUUGCGCUUGAACCACGAUUCUUUAUCCUCUCCGUCUCUUUCCCACGCCUUCACUCUUCUGUGCACGGGGAAAUUUCUAUCAAAUGUAACGGCUCCCUUGUUGUGGGCCUUAUCAGACUUGAAAGGAGCAACAGGGCCAUUCAGCGACCUCAAACUCGCGCCAAAAAAUCGGACAUUCGACACUCU